GUCCAGCUUUUGGCUUUUGUAUAAUCCACGUAAAAAACUAGCUUGAUUGAACAUAGAUCCAUUAAACAAAACAGAUUUGUGAAUGACAAAUGGACGGUUGAAGUUUCAAAUCAUAUUUUUUCCAAUCAUUUUCAUUGCACGAAUCUAUUUUGUUGAUGGAGCUAUCCAUGUCUGAUCAAGCAUGAUCUACUUGACUAGCCUCUAUGUGACUGGGUGAGAGCUUCAUUCGGUCUAUAUUCGCUCUAACUAUAAUUACUGUUACAUAAACCCGUACUUCUGGAUAUUGAGAUUGUUCGUUUUAAAAAACCCUGAUGUUUGCGCUCUCUUUUGCUUUGUAUCCAUUUGAUCUCUCUAUCUAUUGAUCAGGCCUUUGUUAGAAAAUAGAAUAAUGCUGUUUGAAAUGUCUGGUUUUCGUUCCGCGUCCAAAAAUUCCAACUUAUGUAGCACCGACAUGGACACGCGCAACGUGACAUUUGCAAAGGACACAUUGAAAUUUCUGCUUAGCUGGAUAUCCAUUUCUAAUCUUCCUGGACAUUGCAGAAUCAAGCUCCCUAUUACUUGGCACUACUUGUUUGUUCAAGCUUACUCAUUGCUUUUGUUACUUUUAAAUCGAAUGCGAUGUGUUAUAAGAAAGGCACCCUUCAAUUUUCCUCUGGCAAUACUUGUGGAAUCACAAAUGAGGGCUUCUUGCCGAUUCUAACAAGACUCCCAGCAAAGAUGGUGGGCCAAUGCAAGUGCAUCUGCAAGCAUUGGCGCGCUCUAAUUGAGGAGCCCUCUUUUGUGGAAUUGCACCAUUUCCGUGCCAAGUCUAGACCUGGUGGCUGCUACCUUGUAAUCUCUUCAUGUACCCCCAACUUCAAGGAUACAAUUUUUUUCUCAGCCGAUUACGAAGGGGGACUGGCUCAGCACUUGUUCAGCUAUCCGGCGUCAGGUUUUUAUUCUUGUCAAGCAUGUGUCAAUGGCUUAAUAUGUUUUUGGUUUAACGAGCCAAAAUCCAUUGUCAUUGUGAAUCCUAUCACCAAAGAGUUAAUUUCCCUUACCCCAUUUAAUCCGCCAUGGAGCAACACAAGCCGCUACGGCAAUAUAUCAAUGCCAUUGGUAUCUUUCGGGUUUGAUCCUUCCGCUAAGCAAUACAAAGUGGUGAAUAUAUACAAGGUCCGGGAAAAUAGCACGCAUGGAGAAGUGUUGUCUUAUUGCGAGUGUGAAAUUUUCACUUUGGGCUCGCUCUCUUGGAGAAAGAUCGAUAUUGUUCCCCUGGCCUCCCGCUUUGAGUUCGGUUCAGAUGGCAUCUGUCUUGGUGGAGUUAUAUACAUUGGAAAAACUUUUAUCGGUAACCUCCUUCUGUUGAGGAGGCGGUUUUAGUGACACUUGACCUCAAAGAUGAG